AGAAGAAGAAGAAGAAGUAAAAGAAGAGGAGGAGACGAGAAGAAGAAGAAGUAGUACAACAACAACCAUGUUUUUCUCAAGGAUGCUGGUAGUUUAGCUUUAUGAGUAUACCGUGAUAUUUGUGAUAAAGUAGUUUGGUUAUCAUAUAAGCAUAUUGAUGCGUGUUUCGGCAUCCGUGUGUUAAUGUAACGUUGCUCGGUUUAACCAGUUGUCCAUGUAUGUGAGAGAGAAGUUAUAGUCAACGUACAGCUGGAGAAGAGAACAGACUAUGUCGGCAAUUAAAACAAAGAAAGUCAAAAUGGCAACUAAAUCGUGUCCUGAAUGCGACCAACAGCAGCAGCUCACCAGAGAAUGGCAGAUGUUGCACCGAGCCUUGCCUGCUGUUGGCUCAGUGAAAUGGGCUCAUUGAUCGGCGAAUGCAUAUUCCAGUUGCGUGCAAGUCCUGCCCAUGUGGUUUUGUGUUUAUUAGCAGAAAACUACUAAAUGCCAAAUUAAAUGAGCGCUCUUCUCCAGCUAUAGCAGACAAGCUGGACUUUAAGCGGAGGAGGACAGAGCGUAUCCGCAGAGAGAGGAUAGACUCUUCUUUAACCAGUGACAUGGAGAACAGGAGAAGACCCCGGGGCAGUAGCCAAUCAGAUCCCAUCCGGAGGGGACGGGGCAGACCAAAAACAGUGGGGCUGAAAAAACAGGACGAGGACAAAGAGAAACAAGAGAAGGAAGUGGAUAUUUAUGCCAGUCUGUCGGAUGAGAAGGCCUUCGUGUUUUCUGUGGCCUUGGCUGAGAUCAACCGCAAGAUCCUGGGUCAAAGACUGAUCUUAUAGAGGGAGUUCUAAUGAACUGAGAGUCACAGCACAGAGAGCCUAUCAAAGAACAACUAUGGAAUAGCAAGUGAAUGACCAAAGAGGGAAGAAGUGACUGGAGCUGAUGGAGCUGUUCAUCACUUGGAGAUGGGCUGCACUUCACGGACUGCUGAUGCUUCUCACUGAUCUUUAGGGUGUUGUCCUCGAAACAAGUCCCAUCUCUUCAGCACCUUGAGUUACACAUCCACAGCAGACAUGCUAUAUGUUUCUAGAAUAAACACAAGUGUGGUUUGUGUGUUGUGAUGACAUGCAAUGUAGUUGAUAGAAGCAGGGAAAGAGGCAUUGAUCAUAUUUCCCAACUGUUUUGUAGAUAGAAACAUUUGAGUGUAUAAAUAUUCCCAACCCACUUCAUUAUACUGUGCUUGGAAGGCCUCUAAUAGGGCUUUUCGACCACAGCCGGUGCCCGGCCGGUGCCCAGUUGCGAACGGUUCUAUGUUGGGGUUUUUUACGCCAAAAAUCCGGCUUCUGGCCGGGAAAACUGGUCUUGAACCGCUAACCACUUACAUCAGGGGCUGAUCAUUCAUUUAUUUGAUUUGUUUAACUCUUUAUCAGGCGAAGAACUACAUUUGAUACCUUCAGUGGAUGUCAAAAUGGGGUCCCCAUGUCUGUUUGGUCGUAGAACCACAUGGACUUGUACCAGGAGAACUGAACUAUGACGGCAUAUUAGGGCGAAGUAUGGGGGAGAUUAAAGCAAAUUACUAUUAAAAUUACUAGAUUACUAGAUUAAAGUGCCAAAUCCACAAGAAAAAAAUGUGUCGAUUUUAAGAGAUUUAAAGUGGCAAAUCUGCGCGAAAAAGUCACAGAUUUACAAGAAAAAAUUGGGGAAAAAACUACUUUUUUCUCGCAGAUUCACCACUUUAAAUCUCAUAAAUCUGCACUUUUUUUUUCUCCUAGAUUUGCCACUUAAAUCUCAUAAACUUUUUUCUCAAAAUAUUACCCCCCUCCCCCGGGUCCGUAUGUUUUUUUUUUUUUAGUUUUGUUUUUUUUACACAUUCUAGCUGUAUGUAAUAUCCUCCAAUAUUCUCCAGGGUUGAAAUUUGAAAGUAUUAAAAUUGGGUGCCCUAUUAAGGGUUAACUGCAAUGUGAUUGAAACGGGCGAGCUAGCGCUCUAACGUUAGCCGGCGAUCACUAGUGUGCUGCAUUAGCCGGCUAGCGUUAGCUUACAACAAACUCCAACAUUAACAUCUCACAUUCAGUGUUAAUAAGAAUGUAUUCAGCGUCCAUUGAUCAAGAUGAGCAGCACAGAUGUGUAGUCGAGACAUGUGGGUCAUCUAGUCAUGAUGUGGCUUUAGAGCCAACAGGUUCAGAGCUGGUUCACAACUUGAACCAACCACACGAGCACCGGCUCUGAACCGGCCAGGAACCGGCUCUGGUCGAAAAAAGGGUAUACGUUUAACUGACUUUAAUUAAGGAGGGGAAUGGACGAAUUAAAUGUAUUAUUCAGCAUUCCUCUAAAGUAAAUGACCUGUGUUGUCAAGUGAACAUGACUCAACUGACAGAAGCUUCACAUUACUGAAAGGGACCAAGACAUUUUGGUAAAAAGCAUGCUUUCAUAUAUACUAAAGAUUCAAUAAUGAUUUUUCCUGCCAUUUUCAAGUGAUCUAUAAGUAAUGUUGAGCAUCCUUGUAGAUUUUAAGCUUUCACCUCUCAUCUGUCCCUGUAAGACGGGCGACAAUACCAGGAAAGACAAUGCCCUUCAUUUCAGGAUUAAUAACAUAAUGCCAUCAGUUACUGCUGUGUAGAGCAUAGGCCAUGUGUUCAUCAGCUGCUUUUAUAGGCUCCGUCAAUUUGGCUUAUUUAAGAUGAAUUACACCUCGCUUUGAAUGUGGAGGAAACUAAAUGGCAAAAAACUGCCAUCAACUCAAGACUGUCAUAUAUUAGAUUAUUAUUAUUAUUUAGUGUUGAUGUAGUGAAUGUUUUCUUUUAAAAUAAAACACUUUAUCAAUC